AUACUUCGAUCCCCGCCCAUGGCUAUUUCAAGGCGACACGGACUCACUUACCAAGAACCAUACACGAAGCAUAUUCCUGCACAAGAACUAAAAAUGAACCGUGAUAUCAGUAAGGAAGACCAGCACGAGGCCAUUGAGUGUUUGAAGCGUCUCUCGCUCUUUCCAGUGAAAAAUUCAUACCAAUUACAAGGAUCCAUCACACCUUACCUACAGCUUCGAUCCAACUAUGUGACGCCUAAAGAACGCUGGUGGGAAGCUGUUUUUGACGGUCCUCUCGCAAACAUCGAGGAAUCGCUCGCGUUUCGCGACUUUUUAGAGCAUUUCAAUGGCAAGGACGCAAUUCCCUUACGCGUUUUACGCGCUACGUCGGAAAUUAUGUACGAAUACGAGGCGGGAACGAACUAUUUACUUCGUAUCUUGUACGACAAAAGCUCGGGGCAGACGAAACUUGCCGGUUUGCGUUAUCUGUUAAACGUCUCUACACCUUCGUCUCAAGAAGGACAAACUGCUGCUGAAAAAACAGUAUUAGAGGGCUCUGGCCGCUCGAACUCCACUGACCUGCUUGCUCAAAAACCAAAAGAGGAGACGGAGCGUCUCCGCUGCAAAACCGGCAGCUUAGAGGACGAUCCGUCAUUUUGGAAGUUGUCUUCGUCUGCAAACGAACACGACGCAGUGGAUAAAAACCAGCCAAAAGAAGUGAGUCCUGAUCGCCGUCUUGUGACGCCUAUGCGUGACUUUAACGGGCUGGCUGAAUUGGUUAUUGAACAAACAGGGAGCUUGUGGAAGGCUUGCCGCCGGAACCAAAUGAAUGUUGAUGAAUUUUUGCGACUUAUUCGUACGGGCUUGGAAAAUGCUCGUCGCUAGAAUAAAGGCAAACUUGAUGAUUUUGUGCAAUGACCUUUUUAAGUAAAAUGGGCAUGAUGAAUUUACGAAUGUCAUGACUAAUGAGACUACGAUUUCUGGACCAUUCACCUUUUUUCUUUUCUUUUUUGUUCUAUGUUACGAUUUCCUUUUUUUUUUUUUUUUUAACAAAACCAACACGCCUUCGCGCAUGUUUUCCGUAUACAAUAAGCCGUUCAACACAGACGCUUUGCAAAUGAUACAUGCACACAUUUUACCAUUUCAUUGUACUGCUGCUGUUUUAUGUACGAGUC